CUCCUGACAGCAACCGCUCCCUAACUAUAAGAGUAAGGCGGGUAGCGCAUUUCCUUUUCGACUUUCGAGAAUUGAAGUUUUUCGCACAACGAUGCGACAGCCAUAACCGCCAAAUCGCAAGGUCUCGAGUCAUCUACAUUGCACACACAACCGCAACACCAUGCCCGUCCCGUUCCUGCGUGUGGUCGAGCUUCUCGAGGCGAUCGAAGCGCUCCAGUCCAACCACAGCCUCCCGCCAACAAAGGUCAAGACGCUCGUCAAAGCCCUGAUCUAUAGGUGGUUCUCCUCCAACCGCUGUGACAUCGACGGCGACCCAAAGACUGUUCUGGCGAUACAGUCGACGCUGCAGCCCGCGCUGAGGCCCGAUAGGGUGUAUAUGCUACGUGAGGAGGGCCUGGCAAAGGCAGUGACCAAGGCGCUGUGCAUUGCGGGUACGGGGAGGGGAAAUGAUCUUGCGCAGUGGCGAACGUGUGGGGAUCUGGGCGAGGCGGUGAGGAGGGUUAUGCGUGGGGUAGAUUGCGAGGGAGGCAAGGUUACGGUGGGUCAGGUUGAUGAGUUGUUGGAUAAGCUUGCUGCGAGAAGCCAUUUUUCGAAUAAGGAGCUGGCGCGGAGGGUUAGGACCGACCAGCUGGCACCGCCGGCGGAGCUUUUGGAGCUGUUCAAUCAGCUCAGUUCGGUGGAGGGGAAGUGGUUGACGAGGUGCAUACUCAAGAGUCUUGCACCGGUUCGGAUGCCUGAAACCAUCACCCUCCAGGCAUACCACUUCCUCCUUCCCAAGCUUUAUAUGGUCCAGGACAAUCUGGAGAAGGCUUGCCAGCAAAUCUGCGACGAGAGGUUGACCAAGGCCUGUCCGAUAGCCCAGCCGGACCCGAAUAAGUAUCAGGACUGGCUGGAGAAAUCCAUCAGCUUCGUCAAGCCGGUAGCAGGCGUCAAAGUGGGUCGUGGUGAGUUCGUGAAGGCUACUUCGACUGCACAUGCCAUCCAGCUUGCUGGGAACAGAAAGAUGAUGAUGGAGCGCAAGUAUGAUGGAGAGUACUGUCAGAUCCACAUUGACCUCACAAAGAGCCCGAACAACUGGAUCAAAAUAUUCUCCAAGAGCGGGAAAGAUUCAACGCAGGAUAGAGUGGGACUUCAUGAAGCUAUAUAUCGAGCUUUGAAGAUCGACAUGGACGAUGAACGCGAGUUCAAGGAGAAAUGUAUUCUGGAGGGGGAAAUGGUGGUCUACUGCGACCGUGAGAAGAAAAUCAUGCCGUUCCAUUACAUACGGAGCCAUGUGUCGCGAUCCGGAGUGUACAUUGGGAGUGCCAACGAUGGGAUCCCAAGAUCGGCCUCCUCCCACGUCAUGAUACUACUGUUCGAUAUUCUGUUGAUGGAUGGCACUUCUCUACUGAACCACUCGUUGACUUCACGUCUCGAACGCUUGGAAAGAGUCCUUGUCGAGCCACAGGAGGGUUACUGCCAGCAGAUAGAACGCACCAAGAUCGACUUUUCGAUCAAUAAAGAGGCCGCUGGUCAGCGUCUGCGCCGAUACUUUGCCCGGGCAAUUCUGAACCGCUGGGAAGGAUGCGUGUUGAAACCAUGCGACGCUCCGUAUUUUAACUUUUUAGGAACCAGACCAGACAAGUCUUCGCGAGGAUAUGGAUUCUAUGGAACCGAGAACGCCUGGGUCAAGCUGAAGAAGGAUUAUAUCGUGGGACUCGGAGACACUGCGGAUUUUGCGAUCGUUGGCGGAGUUUCCGACCAUAAACGGGCGGCCACGGUAAAGCAGGCCGCUGGAAGCCUGAACUCGUUCCAUGCAGCGGUGCUGUUGAAUAAGCAGGACGUCAAGAUGUACGGCGCAAAGCCACAGCUCAAGGUGGUCUUCGAAGUUACCUAUAGCAUCACCCAAGCCGACCUGAGCUGGAUCCAGAAAUGUGCCUACUUCGAUGCUAUUCCGUACAAGCCGGGCGCACCACUGGAACAAUUCGACCUCCUCUUCCCCAGCGAGCUAUCGCUCACCAAGCCCACACACAUCUUCAGCCACCCGCUCGUCUUCGAGAUCUGCGGCGGCAGUUUCGAUCGGCAGACAAACUGUGGCUUCUUCACUCCACGCCACCCACGCGUUUCCAAAGUGCACUGGGACCGCGAAUUCAGCGAUGCAUUGUCAUUCGACGAGCUGCAGCUUCUCGCACACGAUGCGCUGCACGGUGCUCACGGAGGCAGCCAGCAGGAGCGACUAUGGAUUGCAAAGCUUGAACGAGGCGAUGUGGGAGAGCAGAUCGAAGAAACCCCGCAGAAUUCAACGAGGAGGGGGGACGAGGUUACUCCGUCUGUGACGGGAUCACUCGCCCCCGGAACCCCGAAGAGGGCGAGACAUGUUUUCUCGUUGACGCCCGAGGAUGGGGCUAGGAAGCGGAAGACCGGCAGUGGGGUCAAGAGGGAUGAGGGGACGCAGGAUGCUUCCCCCCUGAGGAAGAAGCAGCAUCGCCGGGAUUCGGUCAGUGGCUGCACGAACCUCACCGGCCUGUUCGCGAAGAGCUUUAUCGAGUACACUGCGAAUGAUACCUCGCUGUCGCAACGCUCUUCUGUGCCUGAUAGUCAACCGCCAGCGGCGAAUGAUCACUCACAGUCGCAACGGUCUUCUGUGCCGGAUAGUCAACCAACGUUUGUCACCAAGGCCGAACCUGCGGCCACUAAUCCACCAAGCCAGCCAGACGUCUGCGCCUCGCCCAUCAGCCGGCUACACCUUCACGGCGUCUCAGUGAUCGACGAGUUCCGACCCGCCGCGCCGGUGGUCCCAGCAUACGGGUCGAUCAUUCUCGUCGACGAGCUGCGGCCGAGGUAUACGUGCGCGCUGGUGGAGUUUCUCGAGGAGAAGAAGCGUGAGAGGCCCAAGGGCGAAGAGGGGUGGGGGGUUUGGGAGUGGAGGGCUGCUGAGAUGAAGGUGGGAGUGACGGGCAGGGCGUGGGAGGGUUGGUGGAUUUGGGAUAUUUGAUGGAUGAAGGAUGGUGUGCUGGGAAUGGGCUCUGCUUCUCGACUGGCCGUUUGGUUGAUUGCGAGCAGAGCUCUUGUAAAUCUAGAUAUGUGCUAUGCGAACGAGUGGUUGUAAUCUUCUGGUUCCGUCGAAUGUGUUUCCUGUGCCAG